AGACCUUUCUGUGGAGGAUGUGGUAAGUACAUACCAGGGAUGUUCUUUAGUUGUUCGAUAUGUUUCGACAAUAAAGACGACAAGUUCUGCGUUUGCCCCAAGUGUUUUAGCAAUGAAAAUAAAAGUUACACCCAUAAACAUUUGCCUGACUGUUUCUUGGAUAACUUUGCUUUGCUUGAAGCUAAGAGAAAGAUGGCUAUGGAUACCACAAUGCCACCUCCUCUCUCGGAAGAGCCUAAGAAGAAGUCGACUUGGCUGCUCAGAUUACUCGAGUCAGCGAUUGGCGUUGCGGUUGUGGCUGGCGCUGAGGGUGCGACUGUUGCUGGCGCUACGGCUGCGGCUGACCUUGCGGCUGAGGGUGACAGCUGUAGCAUUAUGUGAGAGAAAUG